UCCGGGGCUUUGUGCGAGCCCGGGCGAUAGCAUCGGCGGCGGCUGGAGGAGGAGCGGCCGGAGACGCGUGCAAGCCCGCUCGGCAGCCGGGGCAGGUGGGAAGCCCGCGCGGGAGCUGAGCCGACACGAACCGGAGACGCCGCAGCCUAGUCCGAGCGGAGCCCGGGCGGAGCCCAGGAGCACUUGCUCGCAGGCGGCCUGUGGGCGGCAGCCGAGGCGGGGCGGGCGCCGGCGAGGCGGCCCCCCAGUAAGAUGUGCGCAGCGCCGCGGGGCGCCCCCUACUCGCAGAGGCGCUCGGGAGCCGGGCGGCUGGGCCAGGCGGCGCCUCGGGGGCUGCUGCUCGCCCGCGCCUAGAGCUGCCGCCCCAGGGAGCCCGCCACGGCCGCGCCCCGGGCACGCUCGGUGGCGCCCAACGAUGACCGCUCCCUGGCGGCGCCUCCGGAGUCUGGUUUGGGAAUACUGGGCCGGGCUCCUCGUGUGCGCCUUCUGGAUCCCAGACUCGCGCGGGAUGCCCCACGUCAUCCGGAUCGGAGGAAUCUUUGAGUAUGCGGAUGGCCCCAACGCCCAGGUCAUGAACGCCGAGGAGCAUGCCUUUCGAUUUUCUGCCAACAUCAUCAACAGGAACAGGACUCUGCUGCCCAACACAACCUUGACUUACGACAUUCAGCGGAUUCACUUCCAUGAUAGCUUCGAGGCCACCAAGAAGGCCUGUGACCAGUUGGCACUGGGUGUAGUAGCCAUCUUUGGGCCAUCGCAGGGCUCCUGUACCAACGCUGUUCAGUCCAUCUGCAACGCCUUGGAGGUGCCCCACAUCCAACUGCGCUGGAAACACCAUCCCCUGGACAACAAGGAUACCUUCUACGUGAACCUGUACCCCGAUUAUGCCUCUCUCAGCCACGCCAUCCUCGACUUGGUCCAGUCCCUCAAGUGGCGGUCAGCUACCGUGGUCUAUGACGACAGCACAGGUCUCAUCCGGCUGCAGGAACUCAUCAUGGCCCCAUCUAGGUACAACAUUCGCCUGAAGAUCCGCCAGCUCCCCAUUGACUCGGAUGACUCACGCCCCUUGCUCAAGGAGAUGAAGAGGGGCCGGGAGUUCCGCAUCAUCUUCGAUUGCAGCCACACCAUGGCAGCCCAGAUCCUCAAGCAGGCCAUGGCCAUGGGCAUGAUGACAGAGUACUACCACUUCAUCUUCACCACGCUGGAUCUCUAUGCUCUAGACCUGGAACCUUACCGCUACUCGGGGGUGAACCUGACCGGGUUCCGCAUCCUCAACGUGGACAACCCCCAUGUCUCAGCCAUUGUGGAGAAGUGGUCCAUGGAGCGGCUCCAGGCGGCUCCCCGGGCAGAAUCUGGCCUGCUGGAUGGAGUGAUGAUGACCGAUGCGGCCCUGCUCUACGAUGCUGUCCACAUCGUGUCCGUGUGCUACCAGCGAGCGCCGCAGAUGACCGUGAACUCCCUGCAGUGCCACCGGCACAAAGCCUGGCGCUUCGGCGGCCGCUUCAUGAACUUCAUCAAGGAGGCUCAAUGGGAAGGAUUAACUGGACGGAUUGUUUUCAACAAAACCAGUGGCUUGCGGACUGAUUUUGAUCUGGACAUCAUCAGCCUGAAGGAGGAUGGCCUGGAGAAGGUUGGGGUGUGGAGUCCAGCUGACGGUCUCAACAUCACUGAGGUUGCCAAAGGCCGAGGUCCUAAUGUCACCGACUCUCUGACCAACAGGUCGCUCAUUGUCACCACUGUGCUGGAGGAGCCCUUUGUCAUGUUCCGCAAGUCCGAUAGGACCCUUUAUGGCAAUGACCGGUUUGAGGGCUACUGCAUCGACUUGCUGAAGGAGCUGGCGCAUAUCCUGGGCUUCUCUUACGAGAUCCGGCUGGUGGAAGACGGCAAGUACGGGGCGCAGGACGACAAGGGCCAAUGGAACGGCAUGGUCAAGGAACUCAUUGACCACAAAGCAGAUCUGGCCGUGGCUCCCCUAACCAUCACCCAUGUCCGAGAGAAGGCCAUCGAUUUCUCUAAGCCUUUUAUGACCCUCGGAGUGAGCAUCUUAUAUCGCAAGCCCAAUGGCACCAACCCGAGUGUCUUCUCUUUCCUCAACCCCCUUUCCCCGGACAUCUGGAUGUACGUGCUCCUCGCCUACCUGGGUGUCAGCUGUGUCCUCUUCGUCAUCGCCAGAUUCAGCCCUUAUGAGUGGUACGAUGCUCACCCCUGCAACCCUGGCUCCGAGGUGGUGGAGAAUAACUUCACACUGCUCAACAGCUUCUGGUUUGGAAUGGGUUCCCUGAUGCAACAAGGCUCGGAGCUGAUGCCCAAAGCCCUGUCUACCCGCAUCAUUGGCGGCAUCUGGUGGUUCUUCACACUCAUCAUCAUCUCCUCCUACACGGCCAACCUGGCUGCCUUCCUGACCGUGGAGCGCAUGGAGUCUCCCAUUGACUCUGCCGACGACCUGGCCAAGCAGACCAAAAUUGAGUAUGGUGCUGUCAAGGAUGGGGCCACCAUGACCUUCUUCAAGAAAUCCAAGAUCUCUACGUUUGAGAAGAUGUGGGCCUUCAUGAGCAGCAAGCCCUCCGCGCUGGUGAAGAACAAUGAGGAGGGGAUCCAGCGGACACUCACAGCAGACUACGCGCUGCUCAUGGAGUCCACUACCAUAGAGUACAUCACACAGAGGAACUGCAACCUCACCCAGAUUGGUGGCCUCAUUGACUCCAAGGGCUAUGGCAUCGGCACCCCCAUGGGCUCCCCCUACCGGGACAAAAUCACCAUCGCCAUUCUGCAGCUGCAGGAGGAGGACAAGCUGCACAUCAUGAAGGAGAAGUGGUGGCGAGGCAGCGGGUGCCCCGAGGAGGAGAACAAGGAGGCCAGCGCACUGGGCAUCCAGAAGAUUGGCGGCAUCUUCAUCGUCCUGGCCGCCGGCUUAGUCCUGUCCGUGUUGGUGGCCGUGGGCGAAUUUAUAUACAAACUCCGCAAGACGGCGGAGCGGGAGCAGCGCUCCUUCUGCGGCACAGUAGCCGAUGAGAUCCGCUUCUCCCUCACCUGCCAGCGCCGCCUCAAGCACAAGCCGCAGCCUCCAAUGAUGGUCAAGACUGACGCGGUCAUCAACAUGCACACGUUUAACGACCGCAGGCUUCCGGGCAAGGACAGCAUGAGCUGUAGCACCUCGCUAGCCCCUGUCUUCCCGUAGAUGUGGGUACAGCGAGGACUUCAGGCCUGGUCCACGCAGGGGAAAGCAAAGGAGACCGGAAGGGACAUCCUCAUCUCGUGCUGGCCUCGGGGAUGGAGCUGCUACUCACAUCCAGCUGUGGACCAUCAGCUCUUACCUACCAGGAAACCAGUGGGCCCUCGGCCAGCUGCUUGGGCUUCAUCUCCUCUUGUCUUUUCUAUGGCUUUCUAAAGCUGUGAAGGCCAGCGGAAGCACACGCCUCUCAGGCUCCACCCACCACCCCUCUCUUCUCCACAGCCAGGAGUUUCUACCAUGGCUGUGUGGAGGCCUCUGAAGAUGGCUCUUACCCUCUCUUCCUUUCCCUCAAGCCCGGGGCCUUCUAGCAUGCAGCCAUGAGAGCGGAGACUCCAACUUUGAACACCCGAAGGAUGUUCUAAUGAGGCUGCUGGUGGGAGCCCAAAGGCAGCCAGCCACCCACACGUGGACAGAAACAAGUCUUCAGCCCUUAAAGACUGUUCGCCUGGGUCUGGUCUUCUCAACUUGACUUCACCCACAGAAGCCCCUUGACAACACAGAACGCGGUGUGGAAAGGAGGAGUCUGGUACGGGAGAAGAAUGCACAGGCAGAGGCUGCGGUCACAGGUGUUUGAGGUCAGUGUCCCAAGGCACACUUCUGGGAACGUGAAAGAGGUAACAACCAUGGCAAAUUUCUUCUCCACUUCUGAAACAGAGAAGAGAAGACACCCUCCCUCGUAAGGAGUGUCCAAAGACUCAGUUGUCAUUGGAAGGCCAGCAGAAGAAAUACGGAUGCUAAGAAAAGCCCACAGGCCCUUGAUCUAGCAGACCAGCUUUGCUGGUAAGCAAGCCAGCAUUCAGGACCCUGGGUUUCCCACCAUCUACUCAUUAGUGAGUUCCUGUCCCCGCCCAUUUGCUUUUGGCUUCCCUCUGUUAUCCUGAAAAGAGAAGAAGAGCCCCCAACUAAAGUACAAGUCAAAAGAGGGGUUGGUGUUCCCCUCCGCAGACAAAUUUUGGGGUAGACGGGAGAAGCCAGAGUGGACCGAAGAACUUUCUGGGCAUGCCCAAUCUAAAGAGCCCUCUAGAGAAAGAAAGCUUUCAGCGGUGGGAUGAGACCUCCAGAGGCCUCCAGGGUGGGGCAGGAGAAGCUGCCUCCUGGAAAAUUAACCAAAGACCCAACACAGAGAUACAAGGCCAUGCCGGUCUUGGUCUCUUAUCUGGAGCAGCUAUGGUCUUGGAGGUCUGGGGGAGAAAAAAAGAAGCAGAAGAGAAGCCAGGGAGGGGACAACCAAUGGGGUGGGAAGGUGACCUGUGGUUCCCACUCUGGAGGUUUGAAACUAUAAAAUCUUAGGAAAGAUCCAGAUGUGAGGGGUUAGGCAAAAAGUGUCCUUACAGAGAGCAUGACAGGGCCAUCAGGGCCCCCACUGCUGCUAAAGAUGGAAGUUGGUCUCCAAUGAGAGACCAGGGUUGGCAACAUGGGUUGAGAGCUGGGGGACUCUAGUCCCACUCUCCCUCGCUUUCCUGGUGCUGCCAGGCUUGGAUGAGCUACAUCUAGAGAUCAAGAGCCUUCUCGGCAGAAGUAAAGUAACCCCUUCAGCCAAGCAGGGUCCCCCUACUGGCAUAUAUGAUUAACCCCCUCAUGCUGGUUCUCGGGAGCUCUGACUGUCUGUCUUCACUGGAGGGAUGAGAAGGGAGACUUGCAGCCAAGCCCAAUGCAUGGAACAAUAGGAAAAGCCAUGCUGGCAGGAGGGAAGAGUGUGUACAUGUCUGUGUGUUUGACUUUGUGUGUGUGAGUCUUGGGGGCUGGUGGUAAAGGACAGACAUGGGUAUAUAAGUAGUCCGUAGCAGGCAAUAAUAGGGGCCUCCUUUGGGACCUGGUUGUAUAUGGUGUGUGUGUGUGUGUGUGUGUGUGUGUGUGUGUGUGUGUGUGAAAUGGAGAGGAAGGAGCCCAAUCAGGACCAGCAACAGAGCCUCAUCUAUGUAAAAACAGGAGAAGCCAUGUUGAGAUGGGGUUCUGAUGAGUAUAUGGAUGGACGUGAGUGUGCAUGAAUUUGUGUGUCUGUAUGUGUGCACGCGUGCACAUGCACAUGUGUGCGCAUCUGUAUACUGAAUGACAGGUUGGGGAGCAGGAUACAACCUGCAGUAUAGCCAAAUAUAUGUAAAAGGAGAAGCCAUGUCAUCAGAGGUCCUUGUAUGAGUGUGUGCACACACACACUUGUGUGCCCUGAAGACAGCAGGGGAGGGCAGAACAGACUGCUGUGUGUGCCCCAUGGGUGGAUGUGUGCUGUGCUGUGCUGUGCAGGAGAAGUCAUGUGAAAAUGAAGUGUGAAUGUGUAUGUGUGUGUGCAUGUGUGUACUCAUACCCAUGCAUGUGCAGACGUGUACCCAAAUUCCAGUUCACAUCAUGAGUUGAGGCAGCAGAGCAAUCAGUCAGGACACCAGGGUUUGUUUGCAUGCCUGUCGUAGGAGGGAUCAUUUGCCACAGCUUUCCUGAGGCUCCGUGGGGAAGUACGCAGGGACUUCGGGGCUCACAACUGGUGACUCCUCUUUUGCUCUUCAUGGUAUCCUGUUGGGAGGAGAAACAUCCCCUUUCUUUUUCUUUUCUUUCUUUUUUUUAACCAACCCUGCCGACAGGAUUCUAAUGAAAGCAUUCCUAUCCACUGUAUUCAUUAACCACUGUCUUAUGUUGUCCAAUACAGUUGUAUAACACACACCCAUAUCCGUGUUCAUAUCACACAUGUGCUUUUGUGCAUGACACGGCAGAUGUGUCAUGUUCUUCUGAGGCUAUGCACAUAUGUAGACUGUGAUGGGAGAAGGAACGGGACGUAGUUGGCAGGAAGGAUGUUCAGAGAGGGAAUGAGGAGAGAUGGGUGAAGGCAUUGGGUUGGUUUAUAGACUCAUGGGGAAAGGGGUGGCAUGCUGCAGGAUCUCCCCUUCUGCUUGAGCCUUACAUCCAGAGGUAUGGCAUUAAUGUCUGCCCUCUGGCUGAAAUUCUAUGCUUGUCCUAGAGACCAUCCCAGUGCCAGCCCACCCUGGAGACCACCCUGCCCAGCUGAGCUGGGUCUCUUUCAGGGUAGGGCAGGAAGUCAAGAGGGAGGCAGAUCAUUCAAGUGGAAAUCUGUCCCAACCCCCUAAGGGGUGCACAGAACAGGGGCUGGAGCACACAGAGGCCCUGAGGAAUAGUGAGAAACACCAGAGCAGGUUUGGAUGGAGCAGAUGGGGUAUACCUAAGCAGGUGUCGGCUGGCUGUCUCUGUCUGGUCCUGUAGACCAACCCUGACCAGAAGAGCACCUCAUGCCACUAUGUCUGAGCCUGAGCUCCACCUCCAUAUACUAGUCCAUCAAAGGGAACAGCAUCUACCCUUUCCAGGCCCUGGGGGCUAUUAUACAAGGAGCCUCCUUCUGCCGCCACCAUGACCUACAUCCCAUUUCUCUGCUAUGGACAGAUGAUGAAACCUGAGCACUCUGGGUGGCUCCCAUCUGCAGGUGUCUUACAAGAGGGGAAGAUGGGGUAUUGGCCAGUGAGCUCCACUUAGAAUCCCUGAGGUAGGAGGAGAUUGCCCCUCUUCAGCCUGGACUGUGUCUCCUGGGACCUGCCCUUGUGGCAUGCAGUGGGGGAGGGGUGAGAAGAUUAAAUAUAUCCGUGGGAGAGCAGAAGUCUGACUGGGCCCAUAGUCCCCAAGAACCUUCUGCCUCUCCUAACUUUCUUUCUAGUCCAGGGAGGGCUGAAGGUGGGGGGCAGCUGCUGCUGCUUCGUGCUGCAUGAGGUCAUUACACACACACACACACACACACACACACACUCCAGAGACAUUCUCUGCUGUAGGCACCAGCAUCUGAACACGACAACUCCAUGGUCCACCUCUGGAACUGCCCUGCAUGGAUGCCCAUCUGGAAAGGCCCCGAUGUCAUGGACAAACAACUGUAUGGAGUAAACAUCUGGAACCCACCCAGCCCAAUGGACAGAUGUGAGAAUUGGGCCCAGCCCCGUGGGCAGGUCUUUGAGUAAGAUACAUCUGGACAUCCCAGGUUGUUGGAGCAAGGUGCACAGCUGGAAUAGGCCGAGCCACUUGCUGCAGUGGGAGGGGCCUUGCCCUCUUUCUCCAUGUUCUGGAGUUGAAAUUUUAGAGUUGAGGUUUAUGUGAAGUCACAGAAAUGUUUUAGGUAGAAGGCUAAUGUUCUGUACAAUAUAUAUAUGAAUGUAAAAUAUAUAUAUAAUGCUUAUAUAUAUAUGCACAGUGUAUAUAUGACCCUCAACCCCUGUGUAUACAACCCUUCCCUGCACGUCUGCACACAGUGUACAGAACCCAGCCAGUAUGGGUGGGGACCCAGUGAGAGAUGGGGGCUGCAGCAGAAAAGUCGCGUUUACUUACACAGCCCUCUGGAACAAGCCAGGCCUUGCCAGCGUCUGCAUCAGUGCUGUGGACCAUGCAGAGAGGCCAGAAUAGUGUGGAGCUGGCAGGUGAACCGGGGAAGGGGCAGCCACGGGUGCGAGUCUCCAAAGGCAGAGCAGUGGGCAUGUCUGGAGAACAAGGCCUUUUUGGUCCUUGAUCCCUGAGCCAACAGCACAGUCUAGUCCCGGUAUCUAGUGCUAGGGAGAAGAAUGAGGAAAGCAGAGUCAGUUUCCCGGGCCUACUCUUACGCCUGCCUGCAGGAUGGCCUGGAAGGUGUCAGGCUGCAUCUGAAACAUGCUGGAUGGCAUGGGCCUCAUGUGUGCAAGUUACCCACAGCUCCUAGCUAUGGCGAGUCUUUUAAAGAGAAAGGCCUGAGGGCACCGUUGACAUGCCCAUUCAGCACCCUGGUAACCUAGUUAUGAAUCUAGCUCUUAUUCUCCUGCCUUCUAGAAGAGCAGCCCUCUAAUCACGCCGUAGUUGUCUGUUUUGCUUUUCUAGACCGAAACUCUGAGGCCUCCCUGUAAAAAGAAGAGGUAUAGAUUCAGUCAGAUGCCAGCCAAGAGUCUGCCCCAGUUCAUUCUGACAUGGUACAAGAUGGGAGGGACUUAUCAAGGAACCAGAGAGAUGAAAGAUUCAAGAAGGCGGCACCUGGCCUUGCACAGCCCCUUACUGUCUGCCAGUCCUUCUUUCUGUUGCUUCUUCCAAACGGCAGCUGGCAAAGAGCCCCUGACAGGUAGGCCACAGACCUCUGUCCCUGCCAUGCCUGGAUCUGUCUGUUGCCAGUAAUUUGAGGCCUUCGGCCCCUUCCUGGGUCCAAGCAUCGCUAGAAUGUGCUGGGGAGAAGAGACCUGAGUUUUGCUUCUGUGUGGUCUGCAGCCUGCCCUCCGCUUCAGCCCCAGCCCUCAGGCCAUCUGCACUUAAAGGCCAGGCAUGCUCCUGCAGCCAUGGCCAAGCGCAUCUAAAUCCAGCCGCUGAGGAGGGUCCUGACCUGGCUCCCUAGAGACCAGAGGCUCCAGGAGCCCUCACGCCACUGUGCUCUGAAACCCCAGCCCAUUCCUGCCUGGGCUGACUUCCUGGCUGGGCCUCCGUGGUGGGGACCUCAGCUCCCAACUCCUGGGCUGAGUCCCCAGACAGCACCAUGGGACUCCAAGAGUCCUGGCCUGUCCCACUUCCCAGACCAGAGUGCCUGGACACCCCCCCCCCCACUCCCACUCAACAAGGUUCCCACACACUGGUCUCUGGGCCAUUCAGGGGGUGCCCUUUGUGGACAUGCAGAAUUUCUAUGAAUAUAGUUUUUUGUAAACAUUUUGUAACAAUUUGGGUUUCAUAGUAACUGUGUUACUUGCCAAUCAUUCUAAGCUGAUGUAAAUAAAUUUCCAAACAAAUCUGAUUAUUUUCCUUUUUAAGACACUGUGAUAUAUCAGAAGUGCACAGUUUGCUGUAUGAAGUAAUAUGGUUUUAAAUUUUAAAUAAAUGUUUUUAGAAAACGG